GUCGGUUCUCUUCAUCACUCUCGCGCGUGACGGCCAUCUUCCUUCAGCUCGAGAAGACUGUUCCUGCAGACAUGGCCGACUAUUCUAACGUGGCUCCGCCGUCCUCUAACUCCGGUGCAGGGAUGAACGAUGCUUUUAAAGACGCCCUUCAGAGAGCCAGACAAAUAGCGGCAAAAAUAGGAGGUGAUGGUAUACCCCCCUCUCCGUCCUCCAAUGAGUUUGGUUAUGGAGGACAGAAGAGACCCCUUGAAGAUGGAGAUCAACCAGAAACCAAGAAGGUUCCACCAAGCGAUCCUUUUUCAUCUGUAAUGGGAGGCAUGGGUGGCCCAAGGUCUAUAUCAGAAGAGUACAAGGUUCCCGAUGGCAUGGUCGGCUUCAUCAUUGGAAGAGGAGGAGAACAGAUUUCAAGAAUCCAGCAGGACUCUGGCUGCAAAAUACAGAUCGCUCCUGACAGUGGUGGCAUGCCUGAGAGGUCAGUGACAUUAACAGGCUCACCUGAAGCAAUCCAGGGUGCAAAGAGGUUACUCUCAGAGAUUGUAGAGAAAGGCAGACCUUCUCCAGCAUUUCACCACAAUGAUGGACCCGGGAUGUCUGUUCAGGAGAUUAUGGUCCCAGCCUCCAAAGCUGGUCUGGUCAUUGGAAAAGGAGGAGAAACAAUCAAACAGUUACAGGAACGUGCUGGAGUCAAAAUGGUCAUGAUUCAAGAUGGACCCCAAAACACAGGUGCUGAUAAACCGCUCAGGAUCUCCGGUGAUCCUUUUAAAGUUCAGCAAGCUAAAGACAUGGUGAUGGAUCUGAUCAGAGAUCAGGGUUUCCGGGAACAGAGAGGAGAAUAUGGUUCUAGAGCUGGAGGUGGUGGUAAUGGUGGCGGUGGUGGAGAAGGUGGUCUGGAUGUUCCUGUGCCAAGGUUUGCAGUGGGAAUUGUGAUUGGCAGGAAUGGUGAAAUGAUCAAGAAGAUUCAGAAUGAUACUGGUGUUAGGAUUCAGUUCAAACCAGAUGAUGGCACUACUCCAGAGAGGAUUGCUCAGAUUAUGGGGCCUCCAGACAGGGCUCAGCAUGCAGCGGAUAUAAUAACUGACCUUCUGAGAAGUGUGCAGGCAGGGGGCCCCCCUGGUCACGGUGGGGGCAGAGGGAGAGGCCGUGGGCAGGGAAACUGGAACAUGGGUGGCCCUCCUGGAGGCCUGCAAGAAUUCACUUUCACUGUGCCUUCCAUGAAGACCGGCCUCAUUAUUGGCAAAGGGGGUGAAACAAUUAAGAACAUCAGCCAGCAGUCCGGAGCCAGGAUAGAAUUACAAAGAAACCCUCCGCCUAAUUCAGACCCUAAUAUAAAGAUCUUCACAGUCCGUGGAUCACCCCAACAGAUUGAUUAUGCCAGGCAACUGGUUGAGGAAAAAAUUGGAGGUCCAGUUAGCCCUAUGGGUGGCCCUCAUGGUGGUCCCGGGCCCCAUGGAGGUCCUUCUCAUGGUCCUCCUGGUCCACAAGGACCUCCUGCUCCCAUGGGCCCAUAUAACCCUGGGCCCUAUGGCCAGGGCCCUCCUGGACCACAUGGUCCCCCAGCUCCAUACCAGCCUCAAGGCUGGGGCAACGGAUACCCCCACUGGCAGCAAGGGCAGCCAGAUCCCAAUAAAGCAGCAGCUGAUGCUAAUGCUGCUGCAUGGGCAGCCUAUUAUUCUCAGUACCAGCAGCAGCCCCAGGGCCCCAUGACACCCACCUCAGCAGCCCCAGGCACAACCCAGUCCAAUGGACAAGAUCUUGUGUCUUCAGGUCAAGGACAACCUCAGCAGGACUACACGAAGGCAUGGGAAGAGUACUAUAAGAAACAAGGUCAAGCUGCUCCUCAGGCGGCUGCAGCAGCGGCGACGACUCAGCCGGGAGGUCAGCCGGAUUACAGUGCAGCGUGGGCAGAGUACUACCGCCAACAGGCAGCGUACUACGGCCAAGGCGCCCCUCAGGCGAUGGGAGCUGCACCCCAGGCUCAGCAGGGCCAGUAAUGUGAAGUGGACAUAGUAAAUGCUACAUUGUCAGAAAAAACCUUUGUUAAAUGUUUGGAUGCAGACGCCAUGAUGAAGAUCUUAAUUUCAUUGGUUUGAGUGUUUAUGCUAGAUCGCAGACCGGCUCCAAAGUCAAGUAUAUAUAUAUAUAUUUUUCCUUUUUGUUUUGCCACUCUUGUAAAUGAACGGUUUGUUUUUAGUCGGGUAAUAUUGGUCAUUCCAGCUCCUGUAUCUCCUGUAUUUCAUGUAGUUUUGAGACUGAUCUAUAGUCAUUUCCAUGUAAAUCAUCUCAGUUUUAAUAUGAUAUGCCUGUUGUGUUUUGCAAUAAAACAAUGAAACCUCCUGUGUUGGUAAGUGGGGUGCAAAAUUGGGCAAUGUUUUGUGAAAAUUUCUUUUCCUGUUUUGGGAUGGGGGGGGGGGGGGGUUGUCUUGUAUGCAAAUUUACAGAAAGAAAAUGUUGCUCUUUUUUUUUCUCUUCUCCAACUGUCUACAUUACCCCUGCUUUUAAGUUUGAUUCCUGGUCUAUUUUAAAGUCACAACUAAAGAGUAUCAAUGAUCAUUUGAUUGCUUUGACAAAUGGAAGGAUAUGGCUGUUUUUUUUUGUUUUUUUUUCGUACUGGUCAUUGCUGUGGAUGUAGGUGUAGGCAGGUUAUCUAAGGCAAAGUGGCUUGGUGUUGGCAAGGUAUGUGAUUAAUUCAAUAACUCUUCAGUGCUGUAGUGUUGCUCAUUCUUGUACUGCAUUUCACCUGGUUUGUUGAGGUAGUGUGCACUGUUAAUGAGAGACAUUUCCUCCCUCACAGGCAAGAUUAGGAAGGCGGUAAGCAAGUAUGCGUCUUUACAUAAACUGUUCCUUGUAUAUUGUGACUGCAAUCAUGUUGCAAGUAUUUUAGUUUGUUUAAGUUUGCUGCUUUUUUACAGGGCAGGUCAAGUGUUCUGAUGCCUUGCUAAAUGACUUGUCCCCAACCAUCAUAUAUUUUAAAUGUUUAAAAUCCACCAAUUGUGUAUAUAUUUCUAUCAAUAUUGCUGGCAUUUCUAAAACGUUUUGAUACGAUUAAAAAAAGCUCAAAUGCGAACGUGGACUACUUUUUUGUCUGCCCAUUGUUUGUUAGCGUUUUUCCAAUAUAGGCCUGUAGGUUUUUGGAGACUCUGGCCUUCCACACCAGUGAAAUGAGCUCUCCACUGUAAGUACAAAAUGUACGUGACUUUGCAGCCCAAUUUGUUAUGCUGUCAAUGCGUUGUCUUUGACUUACUGAAGCGCAAUGUAUUUAAUUAUCUUAAUGUUGCCCUUUUUGGGUAAGUAUGUCAGGGCUGCAAUUUUGAAUUUACAUGCAUUCAAGAUAAUGACUACCCUUUUUUCACAUUGGACUGUUAUUUUUGCCAUAACAGCAUUGUGUGAUAUUUACAAAUUGAGUCAUUGCCAUGUUGACACUGCUUUAGUCAUUUAAGACUUGUCUCUGACUUCUCGUAUGAAACUGUGAACUGCAUCACUGUGUUUAAGUCAGGACGUCUGUAGAUCGUUUUUCCCAUCUGAAUUAACAAUGACUAGACACUUUUUUUGUGAUUUGUACUGCCAAGUGUUUUGUACUGCAUAGAUCAUAAAGACCCUCAGCAAAUGACCUCCUUCAGAUGUUAAUUAGUAUUAAUGUCCAAUUUUUUAAAUCUGUGCCUGACCGGUUUGUGUGAUUUGAGGUCGUUUGAUCUGACUGUUCACUUAGUGAGCAGUGCAAUGUCUAAUUUUGCAGUGUCAUCCCUGACCUUGCACCUUAGGUUCUGCAGCAAUAACACAGGUAAGAGUAUCCUAAAAAAAAAUCAAAGCAAUUGAACCUGUGAUCUAGUGUAAUGCUUUUCACUCAUUUGAUACAGAGGUCAAUAUGUGCCGCCUUUUCAAUUCAAGGAUGCCUCUUGUAGUAAAUAGACUGGCGUACGCCACAAAUGUUGGAAUUCAGAUCUGCUGGAAGUAUGUUUUUGUCCAUAUGAAUUGCAUGGCAUUGACUUGUAGCUAAAAAAAACAACAAUGUUUUUCCUCUGUUGACUAUCUUUAACUAGGAUUGUUAUGCUUUUCUAAAUGAACCCAAUGUGAUAUAUUUUUUUUAAAUUUGAUUGCCGAUUUGUUAGCUUCCUGGUAAGUCUGUUAAGCGUGGUCUUGUUCUACUGUCAUAAAGUGCAUGCAGAUGCGAAAUGAUGCAGAGCUAGUCCUAUGAAUGCACUCUCUGAUAACUGACGUAUACUGUAUGUAUGCUCAUGUUUCAUUGGUUUGCAAGCUUUCUUGAUGCCCCUCUGUAGUGCUAAUGUUUGUCCCACAUUGCUGCCUUCAUUCUCACUCACAGUGUUGAAGAUGCUGCAGGCGUAGUUCGUAGAAUCAGGUCCUAGUUUGUCCGUAAGGAGGAGUCCUUUGAGUCUGUCCCUCUGCUGAACGUAGACCGUUCAAGGGCUCCAAUUAUAAGGUAAAAAUAUGUACCAUGAGGAAUCUGUCAUUGCUAAGUCAAUGUUUCUGUUAGUUUAGGGUGAUGCCAGUUAGAUUUGAUUAUAGAAAUGUAGCCAUAUGUUUCUGUAUUAUUGGUUGACUAAUGGUUCUAUGAAAUGUUCGAGUACAUGCUUUGCCUUUUGUUGAUAAGUGUAGGGAUUUAAUGUGCUGAUCAAUGCUGUACAUGUGGACCAUGACCAGACCAGGAACUUUUUUUCUUUUCUUUUUAAUAGACUGGUUUCAGUUACUUAGUCUUUGUCCAUUGCUGCAUAUCUUUUUGUAUGCAUGCAAGAUGUGCUUUCCUUUGAGCAAACUGUUCACAACAGAAUUCGCGGGGGUCUAAAAACGAAGAGAAAAUCGGAGGCUAGCUGAGAAAUUUGGAGCAUGCCUUUGAGGUAAAACAAGCUAUCAUGAACUGUUAAAGCUGUUGAAUGUACUUUUUGAGUUUUUGCUGAGAAUUGUUGGUCUGAAAUGUUGAAGAUUGUUGCCACUGUCAUCAAUAAAAUUGUAAUCAUUAA